AAUUAAAUCCGUACAUCAGGAUAAAUUAAUUUUUAACUACAGUUCAAUGAGCGUGAAAAAGCUGUCAAACCAAUUAGUCAGCAAGUCAGCGUGAGCUCUGAAGUCACGCGAGAUUUCUCCGCGAGAGCUUGCUGUUUUCAACAUGGCAGGCAGCAAGUUGGUGCUAGAAGGGAGGAUAAGUAUUAUUAGCUUUAUCUCAGGACUGGGCGUCAUCAUAAUACCUUUACUUGUAAAAUUCGGCGCUCACAUUGACUGGAUAUUCGAUUACCUCACGGAUGUGAACGGGAAAAUAGCCAUUGCGGCGUAUAUUACAGUUAUCAAUGGCUUCCUGCUAAUCAUAUACAAGGGACCUUUAUAUAAGGUGGCUGUUCGAGCCUGCUUUCUUGGCUUUACCUUUGGAUGUGGUCUCACUUUAAGUUUUGCAGAUACAACAUGGACACACUUUGGCUGGUAUAUGUGUUCGCUGUCAUUUUUUCACUACUCUGAGUACCUGGUUACUGCCGUCAUCAACCCACGCAGUCUGUCUCUAGACUCGUUCCUGCUCAACCAUAGUGUUGAGUACACAGUAGCAGCUGUUUCCUCCUGGAUAGAGUUCACUGUGGAAAAGCUUCUUAUUCCAGAUUUGAAGCAGAUGAACUGGCUCUGUCUGGUGGGUCUGUUGAUGGUUCUCUGUGGGGAGAGUUUGCGCAAAGCUGCCAUGUUGACAGCAGGAUCCAACUUCAACCACAUAGUACAGAAUGAGAAGGCCCAGAGCCACGUGCUGGUCACCACUGGAGUUUACGCUCUCUUCAGACAUCCUUCCUAUGUGGGCUGGUUUUACUGGAGCAUUGGCACUCAGAUAGUGCUGUGCAACCCAAUAUGUCUACUGGGAUAUUCGGUUGCCAGCUGGCGCUUCUUUCGAGAGCGUAUUGAGGAAGAGGAGCUCUCACUCAUCCAUUUCUUUGGAGAGGACUACAUUGAGUACAAGAAGAAGGUCUUCACUGGCUUGCCCUUCAUCUCAGGGAUCAGGGUUAACUCCUAAAGCCGUACUGCACUGAAUGGAGGAAUUAGCCUGAAAGUGCACACCUGGACACCUCUGACUGGCACUCUGAGCGAGCUAGUUGCCUGGUGGCAUCAUGUCGCGCCCCCUGGGGGCGGCACAGAUAUAUGAGGUGGCAGCACAGUAAAACUGACCCGCUGAUCUGCUCUGAGACACAUUGGUCUGCUCUGAGCAGGGUGGAGCUUCCACCCUCAACACCAUCAGAGAUACUAGUACACAAACACCACAUUCGUCAGCAUCUGUCUUGUCUCCUACACUUCAUCACAUUUCUGUUCUUACAUUCUGUCUUACUCCUACUCGUAUGUCACAUAUCCUCAUAUUUACAGUCUUUGCACCGUGUAAUUUCAUACACUGGUUUCUAUUUUUUAUUUUAUUUUAUUUUUUUAAAUCCCCUGGUUUUGUGGUUAGAAACCUUAGAAGUGAGAUUCAAGACAUUGGUUUGUUACCACUUACGAACGUCCAGAGUUUUUCAGUAGAUUUUUUAAAUCUCUUGAGGUAUUUUUAUUCCGAUAGGCUUUGAAUUGAACUUAAGAUAUAUUUACUGCAGUGGCCAUUUAGACAUCGUCUCAGAAAGAUCAGCUAGAGCUGAUUCUCCGGGCAUACACAUUUUAAAACAAAUUUUUGACAAUCUCUGAAUAUCUGAUUUGUUAAUGCUGUUGGACAAUUUUAAUAUUGUGAUUAGAAAAAUAAACGUGAUAAAUUACAGGCUUAA